AUGGCAGUCUCUAGAGAUAGAUUGAUGGCUUAUUCAAUAGUCUUUUACGUCCACCCAGAAGCGUACUCAAGUGUGUCUAUCUAUAUGAAGCCUAACGUCAACCAAAUUGAAGCCGCAGGCUCUAUAGGCCGUGGCCAAUCUGAUAUCUACACCUCAUUUAUGAUUUCUAAUCUUGAAGAGCAACGCAAAAGAAUCGCAGAAGACCCAAUUCCUAUAUAUCGCACCUUAUUCUCCUUAUUAGACUCUACAAGUGACGACGAUGUUUUCGCCCAAAGUCUUUUGGCUACUAUUGAUGGUGCUAUUCAAGAUGACAGCCGUCAAAUUGCAAGCUUGGUUCAGCUGGCGACAGGCAGGGAAACUUUUAAUGUCAUGGCUUUAUUAGUGAGGUCUGCAAAUACUUUUAAAAAUAUCCCAUUAAUUGUAGGAGCAGCUAGCCAUAUUCUUGCGUCAAUUUUAAGUGAAAUUAUAUUAAGAAAUAUUCAAAUUUCUAAUAAAAUAAGGUAAAAAUAUUAAGAAAUGUUAAUUUUUAUAGGAUUUUGGUAUAGAGAAAACCCUGGGGAUUAUAUAAACCAAGCUACAAGAUUAGUGGAUUCCUUGAUAAACCAAGCUAUGGAAAAUUCAUUACCAUUAGAAGAAGCCACUUAUUGCUUUUUGCCUCUCUUCAAGAUAGACGCAAUUAGAAGAGAAUUUUUAAGAACUGGAGGACUCCGGACUGUUUUAGUUCCACUUUUAGAGCAAAAAUCAGGAAUUUUCCAGCCUAUUUAUGCUGCCAUUUGCUGCUUAUGGAUGCUUUCAUUUGAUGAAGACUCCUACGAAUUUUUUAUCAGAAGUGACUACAAUUUAAUUGGAAAAAUAAUCAAAGAGCUCCGUAGAACUGACAAAGAAAAAGUCAUCAGAGUUGCUUUAGGGACCUUAAAAAACCUAUCAGCUGGAGAAGGGACUAUAGAAAUUAUGAUAGAAAAUAAAUUGGUCGAAAUUAUAGAUAAUUUGUCAAAAAGAAUAUUAAAAGACCAAGACGUCACAGAUCUGGUUAAAGAUAUAGGAGAUGUCCUAGCCAGCAGCGUCAAGCUGUUUUCGUCAUUUGAAAAGUGGCUAAAAGAAGUAGAAAGAGGAGAUUUAGUACCAGGCGUGACCCAUACUGAAGCCUUUUGGAAAGAAAAUGCAAAACAUUUAGAAAAUGAUAGCUUUGGGCCUGUGAAAAAACUGGUACAGCUAUUAAAUUCAGAAAGUGUGCAGACUGUUGUACUGGCGCUAGGAGAUAUUGGAGAGUUUGCAAGAUUCCACCCGUAUGGGAAGACUGUGGCUGGGAAGCUUGGAGCUAAAAUAAGAGCUAUGGAGCUAUUGCAGAACCCUAAUAAAGAAGUAAAUGGUGCAGCUUUGCUUUGUAUUCAAAAAAUAAUGAUCCAAAAUUGGCAAAGCAUUUCUUAA